UGACAGACGAAUGCACGAGCAGCAGAACAUAAAAUAUAAAAUAUACAUGGCGGGAUCAUCACGCAUGGGUCGCUCGCGAGAUGAUUUUUCUUGCGACCCGUCUCCGUCAUUCACCUGCCUGUAAAUUCGACGGCACCCCCUGAGAAUUCACCACUCACCAGCAAUCCGGAAGCGCUCCACCAUCACCAUGUCACAGAUCACUGCCACUUUCAUGGCCCUUGCCUUGUGCUUCGCCCCUGCAGUGGGUGCAGCGGCGACUCUCUCGGCGCGGCGUCCGCUGCGGGGCAAGGACACGCUGGCCUCAGCACAGGGCAAGUUCGAGCUCGGCCUCUUCACCCCUGCUGGUAGCUCCGGCGACAGGUUCUACCUCGGGAUCUGGUACAAGAACAUCCCCGGCCAGACCAUCAUCUGGGUGGGCAACCGCGUGAGUCCCCUGUCUUCUGUCGCCUCCGCUGAGCUUCGUGUGUCCGCUGAAGACGGCAACCUCGAACUUGUCGGUCCAACCGGCGCCUCUGCCUCGCCGGCCGUCGUCUGGUCUUCGAACCUGCCGUCUUCCUUGUCGCCAGGCUCAAAAAACAUGGCGGAGAUCCGCGACAACGGCAACCUGGUCCUUGUCGACGGCGGCAACUCCUCCAACGUGCUGUGGCAGAGCUUCGACCACCCCACGGACACGCAGGUGCCCGAAGCGUGGGUCGGGGAAAACAAGCUCACCGGUGAGUACCAGGCGCUGACGUCGUGGCGAAACGCCCAAGACCCCGCACCGGGGAUGUUCAGCGACACCCUGGACCCCAACGGCACCAGCGAAAUCUUCUUCAUGUGGAACCGCUCCUACGUGUACUGGCGGAGCGGCGUCUGGACGGGGAGCUUCUUCGCGAGGCUGCCAGAAGCGCCGAAAAACUUCAUCUACAAAUCGACUUACGUCGAGACACCGGCGUAUCGGCGCGUCAUCAACGUGCUCUACGACAACGCAACCAUGGCGCGCCACGUGCUCGAUCUCACAGGCCAGUUGAAGAUGUACGUCUGGAUGCCCACGAGCCAGAGCUGGCAAGUCUUGUGGACCGCGCCCAUGGUGUCGUGCGACGUGUACGCGCUUUGUGGCACGUUCGGCCUUUGCGAUCAGAGCGGCAAGCUACCUUGCGGGUGUCUGCCCGGGUUCGCUCCGGUGUCAGAGUGGAAUUGGACGCUCAGCGACUGGAGCGGUGGGUGCCACCGGAGCUGGCCGCUCACAUGCGCACCGAACGGAUCGACAACGGAUGGGUUCCUGGCACUGCCAGACGUGAAGCUCCCUGAUGACUCCCCCGCCGUGGGCGCUGCCAAGAGCAAACUAGAGUGUGAAUCGACUUGUCUAAAGAGCUGCUCUUGCCAAGCCUACGCCUUCUCUGCCGGGGAGUGCACCGUCUGGCACGGAGAGCUCCGCAACCUUCAGCGACUCUAUGUGGACUCCGACAGCCCCGGGUCAGACCUUUAUCUUCGGCUUUCAGAAAGAGGAUUGCAAGACCUCCGUGGCAGCGUAGACAGGAAGAAAAUGGGGAGAAAGUUAUGGCUUGUUCUUGGCAUCGUAUUGGCCGGUGUUGCAGCAGUGGGUGCGUCGGUCAUACUAGCCUGGAGAAUUGUUCUUGCCCGGAGGAGGAGACUGACUAGAAUGGCAAACGUGAAUGGGUCCUCCUUGGCCGUGUACAGCUAUGGCGACCUGCGUGCUGCCACGAAGAACUUCUCGGACCGGCUCGGCGGCGGAGGCUUCGGGUCAGUGUACCACGGCGUCCUGAAGCAGCAUAAGGGAGACAACUCGACCCAUGUUCAGGUGGCAGUCAAGAAGCUGGAAAGUCUCGGGUGGCAGGGCGACAAGCAGUUCCGGACCGAGGUGAGCACCCUGGGGCUUAUCCAUCAUGUGAACCUCGUCCGGCUCCUCGGGUUUUGCUCAUCGGCUGACGAAAAGAUGCUCGUCUACGAGUACAUGCCCAGAGGCUCCCUCGACAGCCUCCUCUUCCGCGACGAUGCGUGCCUGAGCUGGCGCGACCGACACUGCAUAAUGGUCGGUGUGGCGAGAGGGCUGGCCUACCUACACCUUGGCUGCCGCGAGUGCAUCAUACACUGUGACAUCAAGCCAGAGAACAUCCUGCUGGAUGAGGACAUGUCCCCGAGAAUCGCCGAUUUUGGGAUGGCGAAGCUGGUGGGGAGGGACUUCAGCCGCGCGCUGACGACGAUGCGGGGCACCAUCGGGUACCUGGCGCCGGAGUGGAUCUCUGGGCAGCCCAUCAGCACCAAGGCGGACGUGUACAGCUUCGGGAUGGUGCUCUUCGAGCUCAUCUCGGGACGACGAAACUCUGAGGGAUACAGUGAGGUGGAGGCGGCAAGAAGCGGGUGUAGUGAUUCGUGGACCUUCUUCCCAGUGUGGGCUGCAGGAAAGAUUGUUGAUGGGGAAGUCGGCGCCGUGGCAGACCCACGGCUACGCGGCCAGGUGAGGCCGGAGGAGCUGGAGCGGACGUGCAGGGUGGCGUGCUGGUGCAUCCAGGACGACGAGGCAUUGCGGCCAACCAUGGCGCAGGUCGUGCAGGCGCUAGAGGGCGUCGUCCAUGUCCACGCGCCGCCGGUGCCGCGAGUGCUACAGCACAUCGUCUCAUGAGCUCACGUAAUUCACACGCCGGGACCGCGCGAAUCUUCUCAUGAGUGAAUCAAUUUCACAAGAGUACAAUUCUACAAGCGUAGAUCGCAAUACAAAGAAUUUAUCGUGCCAUUCAAGAAUACAGAUCAAAUUUGAGGAUCACCAUCGGUGACAGGAAGAAUUGUUUUAGGAGGUGUUUGGUUGGGGCUCCGUUAACGUAAAUGGUAACGUAAUGAGGUUACCCCGCAUUUGCGGCUGUAAUGGGACUGUCGCUGGUUUGUUUGGUUCACUCACUCAGGUAACGGUAACCAAGAGAUGAGAAAAGAAAACUGCGAUUAGGGUUGCCCCUGCGUGAUUCUCCUGCU